AUUUUCUUCUCCGUUUCUCACUCAUUCGCUUCUGAAGCAGACUGAGUUUUAGGGUUUUUGCGGAGGUUUCAAGGGAGUAAGUUAUAAUGGUGGAAGAGCACAAACACGAGGAAUCGAUCAUGGAGAAGAUAGCUGAGAAGAUCCAUGGUCACGAUGGAUCUUCGUCGUCUUCUUCCGAUUCAGACGACGAGAAGAAAUCUGCGUCUCCUUCGUCUAUGAAGAAGAAGAUUUACCGCCUUUUUGGAAGAGAGAAGCCUGUCCACAAGGUUUUCGGUGGCGGUAAACCUGCCGACAUAUUCCUGUGGAGGAACAAGAAGGUAUCAGGAGGAGUGUUAGGUGUGGCGACUAUCUCCUGGGUCUUAUUCGAGUUACUUGAAUACAACCUCCUCACUCUUUUUGGCCACAUUACAAUCCUUGCUCUUGCGUGUUUGUUCUUGUGGUCUAGUGCUAUCACCUUUAUUCACAAGACACCUCCUCAUAUCCCGGAAAUUCACAUCCCUGAGGAAGUUGUUCUCCAGCUUGCAUCUGGUCUUAGGAUUGAAAUCAAUCGUGGUUUUACUACUCUUAGGGACAUUGCAUCAGGAAGGGAUCUCAAGAAGUUUCUAUUGGUGAUUGCUGGGUUGUGGUUGUUGUCCAUAGUUGGUAGCUCCUGCAACUUCUUGACUUUAAUCUAUAUCGCAACUAUUCUUCUCUUCACCGUUCCUGUGCUUUACGAAAAGUAUGAAGAUAAAGUGGAUGACUUUGGUGAAAAGGCAAUGAAAGAGAUCAAGAAGCAAUAUGCAGUGUUCGAUGAGAAAGUUUUGAGUAAGGUGAUGAGCAAAAUCCCUAGAGGAGCCUUCAACAAGAAGAAGGAUUAGAGAGUGUGUAAUUUUCUCCCAUCAUCAUCAUCGUCAUCUGAGUCUUCCAGAUUGAUAUCUAAACCUCGAAGCAUUGUUUUUCUUUUUGACUUGUUAUUGGAAGCUGUUGGUUAAUAACCCUUUUAGUCUCUCAAAUCUCUGCUCUGUGGAUUUUAUUCGGGGUUUUUAACCAAAUUUUAUAGCAUAUGGAAUUUGAACUAUAAUUAUUGAUCGUAUUAUGGAAUACUAUCGUCUCCGUUGUGAUAAAUCUUUGAAUAUUCCAAAUUU